CGCCGCCGCCGCCGCCCCGCGGCGCCCCCCGCCCCCGCCAGCCAUGCCCGGCCCGGCCGCGGGCAGCAGGGCCCGGGUCUACGCCGAGGUGAACAGCCUGCGGAGCCGCGACUACUGGGACUACGAGGCUCACGUCCCGAGCUGGGGUAAUCAGGACGAUUACCAACUGGUUCGGAAACUUGGUCGCGGAAAGUAUAGCGAAGUCUUUGAGGCCAUCAACAUCACCAACAAUGAGCGAGUGGUGGUCAAAAUCCUCAAGCCAGUGAAGAAAAAGAAGAUAAAACGAGAGGUCAAGAUUCUGGAGAACCUUCGGGGUGGGACGAAUAUCAUUAAGCUGAUCGACACUGUGAAGGACCCUGUGUCAAAGACACCAGCUUUGGUAUUUGAAUAUAUCAAUAAUACAGAUUUUAAGCAACUUUACCAGAUCCUGACAGACUUUGAUAUCCGGUUUUAUAUGUAUGAACUACUUAAAGCUCUGGAUUAUUGCCACAGCAAGGGAAUCAUGCACAGAGACGUGAAACCUCACAACGUCAUGAUAGAUCACCAACAGAAAAAGCUGCGGCUUAUAGACUGGGGUCUGGCCGAGUUCUACCAUCCUGCUCAGGAGUACAAUGUCCGAGUAGCCUCGCGAUACUUCAAGGGACCAGAGCUCCUUGUGGACUACCAGAUGUAUGAUUACAGCCUGGACAUGUGGAGUCUGGGCUGUAUGUUAGCCAGCAUGAUCUUCCGGAAGGAACCCUUCUUCCAUGGACAGGACAACUACGAUCAGCUUGUCCGCAUUGCCAAGGUUCUGGGCACAGAUGAGCUGUAUGGCUAUCUGAAGAAAUACCACAUAGACCUGGAUCCACACUUCAACGAUAUCCUGGGACAACAUUCAAGGAAACGCUGGGAAAACUUUAUUCAUAGUGAGAACAGACACCUCGUGAGCCCCGAGGCCCUCGACCUCCUGGACAAACUCCUGCGGUACGACCAUCAGCAGCGCCUGACUGCGAAAGAGGCCAUGGAGCACCCCUACUUCUACCCCGUGGUGAAGGAGCAGUCCCAGCCUUCUGCAGACAACGCUGUGCUUUCCAGUGGCCUCACGGCAGCCCGAUGAAGACUGGAAGGCGGCGGGUAAUGCGGCAUUGAUGCUUGCCAAUAAAGCCACCAACCAAACACAAACCUUGACGGGAAACCACAGUGUGAUGAAAAGAGAUUCUAUCGUUACUUCUCAAUGCUAAGAAGAGUAAAGGCCUAAAAGUCUGUCAAAAAGAAAGACCCUCCCCAGUACUAGUCUGCAGGGCACAGCUGCCUGGCAGCCCGCCGGUCACCUAGCCAGACCCAGGGGAACGUGCCCUUUGGAAUGCGCGGGGGACGAGGCUUGCAGCUGUGGCGAGCGCCUGUUCCCCAGGGCCCCGCUGUGGGAGCAGCCCGCCCAGUCAGCAAGCUCUGAGCAUCCGCCUUCCUGUCUGUUCCAUUGUGAGCUGGGUUUCCUGGGCUGAGGUUCAGGCUCAAGUUUUAGCAAAAUGUCAGCAGAACAUACUGACACACCAGCCUCAUUUACAAAAAAGGAGAUAUUAAAACAGUGACAGUAUUUUUUUUUAAGCUCUUUUACAAAUUCACGUUUUAUGUAUUUUUUUAUGACAUGAGCUCUCUAGGAAAUGUACCUCAUCCCUGCAGUUUUCUUCCAAGUGUAUUUAUUUAGGAGCAAACUGCGGUCAUGCUCACUGAGUCCCCUUUGCUGUCAGGAGGCCUCACCGGGAACCUUGGGGUGUCACCAGCAGGUCUGUCUGUCUCAUCAGAAGUUCGAUGCUAAGUGCUUGACUCUGAGCUCA